AUGGUUUCAUCAUGCUCUGGGUUCAAGCCGAUUGAUUACUGCAAUGUUGUUCGUACUUAUAUACACAGAGCUACGCAAAACUCUCUACACAGCGUGUUUAGAGAGGAAUCUACGCGGGAGUUCAAUGCCGUAGUGAAGGCCGAGGUUGAGGCGGUGCCCUCAGUUAUGGAUGCGGGCAACGGGCUGCUGUUUUUCCCGUUGAAUAACACAGCAACCGUACCUGUCUUGGGUACCAUUGGGCUUGAUUCCCUUUCUACAGUAAAUAAAAAUAAAGAGAGCUCAGAUUUCACACUGGAAUCUAGCCCAAUGGAGCGUGUUACAUUCAUCGGCGCUGGUGGUUUUCUGGGUAAAUUUAUAGCGGAGCAGUAUUUUAGGCGAGGCAUUAGUGUUUCCAUCCUCACGAGUAACGCUGAGUAUGCGAAGUCUAUUUAUGUCCCCAACGCGAAUGUUGAGCGGGACGGAAACGAAAAAAAAUCCAAGGGUUUUGUUUUGCUAUCGAGUAUCUCAAAUAAAAGGAUCGAUGAUGAGGCUUCUUAUGUAAGUGAACGAGGCGAUGAAAAACACACACUUUCGUAUGAGUACGAAUACGAAGCGAGCCUUUCCCCAUCGUUAUCAUAUCCCCGCACUUCUCACCCGAACCCUUCGGUACGACGGCGCGUGGCGUUCGAAAUCAUUGAAGGUGACAUGACCUCUCAACGAGAUUUAGAACUUGCUAUGCGUCGGGCUUCUGUCGUGUAUUAUCUCGCUUCCAUCUUUCCUGAACCCACGUUGAACCGCGGCUGGUGGCUGCCAAAAGGAACGACGGGGGGGAGCUCGUUCGAUCCUUGCCGCGGGUUCGCCCGGGCCCUUGAUGUGUGCCGGCGCGUGGAUGCCCAUUUUGUCGCGCUUUCCCCUCUUUGGGUUCACACCUCACGCGUAUCCCCGCUGUAUUGGUAUCGCUCGUGGACCUCGCCGCGUGGCUAUGCGCGGGCGGUGCGGCGGCAGGAGCGGAUUCUGUUCGACCGGGGCGCCACCCCGCCCUCGCCCUACCUUUCUGAGGAUGAAGAGGCGGGUGGCUCACGUGAGGGGGUGCUGCCCUCUUCUUCCCCCUCCUCCUCUUCCUCCUUCCCCUUUUCUCUUCUUUUCUGUGCACGCCCGUCCCUAAAGAGGUUCUCCCAUCCCGCUAAGCUGACAGAGGAUGGCUCGGAGGCGCGCCUCAGCCCGGUUCGAUUUUCGCUCUUCCGCUUGUCAGACGUUGUUCAUCUCUCCUUCAAUAAACACAUGGUGGCAGUCAAGAGCAAUCAUAUUGGCAACGUCAACCAUCGACGCCCUAUUUCACCUGGCAACCUGGAUGCACGACUGUUGGCGGGGGUCUUGGUUAAGUCAGUGAGUUUGUGUACAUCGAUCAUAGGGAACCGCAUUGAUGUUGCUGGACGACUUCGGGCUGGGGUGGACAUGAAAAAUACAACAUCAAUACUGAGGGCGUUUGAGCAAUUUCGCAAUGAAUAG